AAUACAAUUCAGAUUUUGUUACAUUUGGAGUUGAUAGAAGACGUCAAGUUUUCUCUUCCUUAUUAAGGUCAAAGUCGAUUAAAUAUAACUUAUAUGAUGACCAGGACGAGAACACAACGAUGAGACGAAUAAGAAAAACAUGUAUUAGUUCUUUUUUGAAGCCGCAUUUGUAAAACUUCACGCGCUAGAUGCUGUUGCUCAAGUGACAAUGUGCAAAGUUUGAUCCGGACGACCGUGACCCAUAAAGUGUGUUAGCUUAGCUGUGACCAGUUUCUGCUGCUUUCGGCUCGCAGGUGCCCGAGCUGUGAGAGAGGGAAUGAACACAACAGAGCUCUGCUUCUUUUCAGUCAAUUCAUGAGUCGCUUAUGUUAAACGAUAGUUCCGAGAAAGUCACACCAGUGCAUAAACUGAUAUGUCGAGAAAUAUGUCACGUUUUCUUCUUCGUUUCUCAUCUGUGUUUUUCAAUGGAGCAACUGUCAAAUCAAUAUUACCAAAGAAGAGGAUAUUUGUAGGGAUUCGGCCGAUUUCUACAUCGCCGGAUUCGCUGUCCUUGACACGUUAUGACCAUGGGUCCACAGACUGGCAAAGGAAGCUGACUCCAGAACAGUAUGUUGUAACUAGAGAAAAAGGCACAGAAGUGCCAUUCAGUGGGAUCUAUCUGAAUCACAAUGAGGUGGGCAUGUACCAUUGUGUAUGCUGUGACUCCCCACUUUUUAGCAGAUUUGGCUUUGCCUCCAACAGCUCAGAGGUUAAAUAUGAUGCUGGAGCCGGUUGGCCAUCCUUCUAUGAGGCUCAUGGGACAUGGGAAAAGGAUGAGAGUCAUGCCAAUAUUGUCCGUCGUCCUGACAACUCACUUGGUAGCACUGGAACAGAGGUUAUCUGUAAACAUUGUGAUGCUCAUCUUGGCCAUGUCUUUGAUGAUGGUCCAGAUCCAACUGGCCAACGGUUCUGCAUAAACAGCGUAGCUCUCAACUUCAAGCCAAGAGAAAUGUAAAUCAGAUAUUUCGUCUGCAAAACAAGAAGUUACAUCCUUUGACAGUAAUGUAGUUGUUCGGUGAAAAUGAAGGCAACUUAUGGCAUUUGAAUAACACAUGAUCCAUUGUGAUAUGCUAUAAAUUACUUUGAGAUUUGAGCAUAAAAUGGAUGUCUGGCCCUGUGCACUGUUUACUUGCUUUAUCUAACAUGUGU